AUGAUAGAAAAAUUUAAUGCCAAAAGAAAAACAGAAAGUGACGUUAAACUUGAUAUUAAUAAUUUUACUGACCUUACAAAUGAGGAGUUUGUUCAAAUGUAUAUUGGUGGAAAAAAAUGGAAUGAAAACGUUAAAAACCAAAACAUUGUUAAUAAUAAUUAUAUUCCUAAAAAAAAUAAUUAUCCUACAAUGUAUUCUUUAUGUGGUAAAAAUAUUAAUUAUAACUCAGAAGCUGAUGGUAAAAUCGAUCAUUGUAGUCUUGGUGUUGACCAAAAACUUUGUCGUUGUUGUUAUGCAGCAUCAAUAGCUAAUUUUCUUCAAAUAAAACACCAUAUUGCUAAUGGUGAAAAUGUUCAAUAUUCUAUACAACAAAUUGUUGAUUGUACUGGUGGUAAAACUACAGGGUGUUGUAGUGGAAUGUCAUACGACGCAUUAAACUAUAAUAGGGUAUUUGCUACAAGUGAUGUUUAUCCAUUUAGAGAUGCUGAAACCUCUCCAGAUUGCCAAUCAUAUACAAGACCAAGUUGUUAUACUGUUAAAGAAUUCGCUCAAACACUUACUUCAUAUAAGGAAUGGUAUGCUCCAACAUACAGUGAAAUAAAGCAAAUUAUCUAUGAUAAUAAAGGUGCCAUUAGUGGAAUUUAUGUUCCUCUUAGUGGAGUUGCAUCUGAAGUAUGGCAAAGUUAUUCAAGUGGUAUAAUAAAUGUAAGUUCAUAUUGUAGUUCUAACAAUGGGAAUAUUUUCACUAACCAUAUGGUUGUACUAGUUGGAUUUGGUUUUGAAGCACAAGGAGAAGGAGUUAAUGGUAAUUUUGUUAUUAUUAGAAAUUCUUGGGGAACUGAGUGGGGAGACAAAGGUACUGCUAAGUUAUCUGCUGACAGUUUAUGUGGAAUAGGAAAUUGUGAUGGUGAGAAUGUUCCAUGCUCUCAUCCAACACUUAUCACAUUGGAGACUGAAGUAGGUCCAUCUACUAAACAAGAUUAUGGUUGUUUACAAAAUAAAUGUUCACCAACAAAUGAUUGUGAUGGGGUUAACUGUUUAACUAAAAGUUUAGAUCCACCACCUAAUCAUUCUGUUGGAAUUGUUAUUAUCAUGUUGGUAACAUGUCUUAUGAUGCUUUUCUAA